UAACCUGCAUGAAUGACCUGAACAGUCUGACUUUGACAGCUCAGGUUCUGGUCAUCGGGGCCACCAACAGACCAGACUCCCUCGACCCGGCCCUCCGCCGAGCUGGACGCUUCGACAGAGAGAUCUGUCUGGGUAUACCUGAUGAGUCCGCUCGUCUCAGGAUUUUAAAGACUUUGUGUCGUAAGCUGCCGCUGCCCUAAGACUUUGACUACCAUCAGCUAGCUCGGCUCACCCCAGGCUAUGUCGGAGCUGACCUCAUGGCGCUCUGCCGUGAGGCCGCCACGGCUGCCGUGAAAAGGCUUCUGCUGGAAAUGAGGGCUCCUCCACCGAGCCAGCUGCAGAGCUCUGCUGAAGAAGGAAGCAGGGAGCAGGCGGAGGCUGGAAACCACCACCAGCAGGAGGAGCUAUGGAAGUGGCUGAACCUGAUGAAAGCCACAGAGACGCUAUCGGAGGAGGAGCUGGUCGGCCUGUCCAUCCUCAUGUCUGAUUUUCAAGAGGCUCUGUCCAGGGUUCAGCCUUCAACCAAGAGGGAGGGCUUUGCCACGGUCCCUGACAUCACCUGGGAGGAUGUUGGAGCGCUGCAGGAGAUCAGAGAGGAGCUCAACAUGGCCAUACUUGCUCCAGUUCGUUUUCCACAGCAGUUCAAGGCUUUAGGUCUCAGCGCUCCAUCUGGGGUUCUGCGGGCUGGACCUCCAGGCUGUGGAAAAACCCUGCUGGCCAAGGCGGUGGCCAAUGAGUCAGGCCUCAACUUUAUCUCUGUGAAAGGUCCAGAGCUGCUCAACAUGUAUGUGGGCGAAAGCGAGCGGGCGGUCAGACAAGUCUUCCAGAGAGGACGCAACUCGUCCCCUUGUGUGAUCUUCUUUGAUGAGCUGGAUGCUUUGUGUCCACGUCGUUCAGGCCACGAGUCAGGAGCCAGCGUUCGGGUUGUCAACCAGCUCCUUACAGAGAUGGAUGGUUUGGAGAGUCGACAGCAGGUCUUCAUCAUGGCUGCAACCAACAGACCAGAUAUUAUCGACCCUGCCAUACUGAAGCCAGGCCGUCUGGAUAAAACUUUGUACGUGGGGCUGCCGUGUCCAGCAGAUCGUCUCGCCAUCCUGAUCACUGUGACAAAAAAUGGGACCAAACCGCAGCUGGAGAAGGAUGUGUCUCUCGAACAGGUCGCAGAUGAUCAACGCUGUGAUUGCUUUUCUGGCGCUGAUCUGAGAGCAUUAGUGAGGGAAGCAUCUGUGAACGCCCUGAAGGCCCAGCACUGUGGCCCCACACACCCCUCCGACUCCACAGCUGACAUCAGAGUGAGCCGACAGAACUUUGAGGACGCCUUCAGGACGGUUCGACCGUCCGUGUCAAAACAGGACCAGCUGAUGUACGAGCAGCUCAGAGAGUCCCUCAGCAGAUGAUCAAACCAAAACAACACCAAGAACUUUUUGUUCAUGGAUCUCACUGUGGAGGAAUCAUAUAAAUUAAAAUAUGACUAACAUUUUUGACACUUCUUUACUCUGUGGUGUUCAGAGACAUUUCAGCCGUACUCCUGAUUAUCCUUGGAGCUUUAUUUAUUUUUUCAGAUUAUCUGUCUCAUGUCCAUCUGUCAGGACAUACUGACAGUUUUAAAAAAUAUGUAAAAAUAUAAAUACAUUUUUACUAAAGUUACCUAUUGCAGCUUCAAAGUCACCUGUAAUGUAUGUAGAAAACAAAACAAAAUAUUUUCAAUGAAACAGUUCUAUUUAAUCCAAGCAGCUUUUCAAACUGACUGAUGAUGUAAUGAAUGGGGGAUUGAGUUUCACAGAGCCAAACACCAAAGCAGUUUUAACAAUUUUAUUUAAAUGGUGAAUGCUGGAUCUGGAGUAACAGGACACGGGAAUCAGGAGUUCUGAACACAGGAGAAUAAGGUUAGUGGCUGGACUUGACAGUGGGACAAAACAUGAGUAAAGGAAAGCCACUAACCUUUUACUGAAGCGUGUGGGACGGACCRAACUCCUGAGUGACACGGAGAGCCUGGGAUGAUAGUUCGCUGUACUUUCCGUGUUUGUCGGCGCGACGUCGGGGAAAAUCCUUAGAACGAGCUGUGGUCAUUAACGGGAAGGCUGAAGACAAAAACAAGUUAGAGGGGCAAGGACUGAGGCGUGGUCGGGGUACACGGACGUGGGUCAGGACCAGGAAGUCAGAGGCAGCGACGGUGUCAGACGGGGGUGAGGCAGGAGGUUUGAGUCCGAGGAACAGAAGGAGGGUCGUAACGAGGCAGACAAGACGUGACAUGAGAAUUGCUGGAUAACUACUUGGCGUGAACUGUUCAUAAAUCUGGCACUGGUGCUGUGGAGGAGUGGAGCUUAAAUACUAGUGACUGCAGGUGAGUGGAAUGAGCUUGAUUGGAAAUUUCUGUGACGGGAGGGGUGAAGCAAUGAGUGACAACUUGGCUGUGAGAAACUAUGACAUGAAGUGAAAGCAGGACAGGCGUGAUUCAUGACAGAUGAAGCAGCUUCUCAGUAAAAUGUCAGGCAUUAGAACAUUUUUAUGCCCAUUAAAUGCUGUUCCAUCAUUAAGUAAUUUUAAAUCUCAGAUAAACAAUAAAAUAAAGAAAGAAGAAAAAUAAUAAUCACCUUGWUCCUUCUUCUACUUCCUCCCAGAAGUUAGAA